AUUUUAUUAAUUAAAAUUAUAAUAUAACGCAUAAAAACACGAUAAUAAAUAAAGUUAUAAUAAGUGCUAAGUUUAGAUGUCGUGUAUAAUUAAGUGCCAACAAAACUGUUUAUAAGAACGUCUAAAAUGAGUGCCAUAUCUUCAGAUUCACGAGACGGAGCUCGUUCCAGAUCCCCCAGCCGCCCUAGGCCUGCUGCACGCCAGUAUAAGGAAGAAAUUAUAGUCUGCAAUCCGCUUAAGUCCCUAAGCGACGUCUCAGAGUUUUUGAACAACCCCCCGGCAUGGAGAUCGCUCUGUAUAGAUUUGCGGCCGCAUAGUAAUGUUGUCAUACGAAAUUUGGAUAUUGUACGGCAAAAUGAGGGGUCAGAUCAUGAGGUAGAGCCGGAGCGACCGGAGGCGUUCUGCCACUUUGACCUGGACAAGCAAGAUGUUAAGAGACAUAGGAGGAAAACCUUGCCCAAGACUUUGGUGUGUCACGACAUGGCCAAUGGGUACCAUGAUGAUUGCAAUAUUGAUGGUACGGGCAACUACGAGGCGUACACAUUCUACAACUGGGCGGCGGUGGACAUAUUCUGCUACUUCAGCCACCAUUUUGUCACGGUGCCGCCGCUGGGCUGGAUCAACGUGGGGCAUGCUCAUGGAGUCAAAGUUAUUGGCACAGUUAUAACAGAGUGGGGCGACGGUGCCGACAUCUGGGAGGAGCUGCUGUCAGAGCCGGAGGCGUGGAAGGGCUUCGCCAGCAACCUGGUCGCCAUCGCCAAGACGCUGAAGUUCGAUGGGUACCUGCUCAAUGUGGAAAACAAGAUAACGAAGCCAGCAGAGCUGGUAGAGUUUGUGCGCUACCUACACACGUUACUGCACAGCGAGAUACCGGACUCGGAGCUCAUCUGGUACGACUCGGUCACCGUGGCUGGGGAACUGGCCUGGCAGAAUACUCUUAAUGAUAAGAACAAAGCCUUCUUCGAGGCUUGCGACGGCAUAUUCACCAACUACGCGUGGAGCUCGCGCCACGUGCGCGGCGCGCGCGCGGCGGCGGGCGCGCGGCGCCGCGACGUGUUCGUGGGCGUCGACGUGUGGGGGAGGAACUUCCUCGGCGGGGGGCAGUUUAACACGCAGGAGGCAGUAAAGGUAGCCCACAAGCACGGGUUAUCCCUCGCCAUAUUCGCGCCCGCGUGGACCCACGAGGCUUUGGACCCCAUUGACUCCUGGUUCCGCACAUAUACCCUACGGGAGCGGGCGUUUUGGACCAGCGUGUGGCCGUUUCUUAAUACUAAGCUGCCUAAAACACUGCCUUUCAGUACGUCGUUCUGUACUGGUUUGGGACGGAAGAGGAGGCUUUACGGUGAGGUCCUAGGCCCAGUCCCGUGGUACAAUCUCCGACACCAGCAGUACCAGCCCAACGCCACCCUCGGACCCCACGGCUACACCCUCACACCCCUCCCUCCCCCUUUACCAAGCCCCCCAACCGACGAACCGAAACCUAUACCCCCAAAGCGAUACCAACUCCAAAGCAUCGAAGAAGAUUCUUGUAUCGAACUAUUUCUAGAAGACAGUUUCACAGGGGGCGGCUGUCUUAUGAUAAAUCCAUUUAAACUUAUUCGCUUAUUCCAUUGUGAUUUUAAUAUUGACGAUACUUUAAUAGCUUGUGUGGUUACUAAAACUUUGCCUGAACACGAAGAUGUAUUUCUAAAUAUAGUUUUGUCAGUAAAGGAUCAGGAUUGGCGUGAGUCUCGAGUUGUGUUAGCUGGGACGAGUGUGACGGAGCAUGGAGUUGACAACGCUGUGGCAGUGUCGGCGGUGGGCGGGGAGGAGUUUAAGGCGUUGCAGAGGUAUUUGCUGCUCAACCAGCCCGGGUUUUACGUGUCGGUGGAGAAUGCUUACGGGUGGAAAGUCAGGUACUACAGCACCCGGCUGGCGGGUCGGCGCGUGACGUCGGUGAGCUGCCGCGCCGGCGCACGAGCACAGGGACCCAUACUGCUGGGACACUUCGCCCUGUGCCAUAAAUCCAACAACACAGACUGAAAGUGCGACAUAAUUUAGUUUAAGGACAAAUACUCCCAAAUCAAUGUAAUGUCUAUUACCUAUUUACACUAGAAAUAAAGCCGGA